AUGGUUUUCUUUGGUCCCUGUUGGUCAGUUGAUUCGCUUCCAGAUUUCUCUGGAAAAUCUGUUUUUAUUACUGGUGGAAACACAGGUAUCGGUAAACAUACGGUCACUGAAUUGGCCAGAAAGAAUAUGGGCAAGAUCUAUCUCGCUGGUCGAAACCCCACUAGAUGUGAAGCAGCUAUUGCUGAGAUCAAGAAAGAAGUCCCAAAUGCCAAUAUCGAAUAUGUCAAAUUGGAUGUGUCUAAGCUUGAUGAUGUGAAACAAGUUGCUGAAAAGUUUGUAAAUGAGCACACGUCGCUUAAUUAUCUGGUUAACAAUGCUGGUAUUAUGGCCACACCUUAUGAGUUGAACAAUGAUGGGUAUGAGAUGCAGUUCGCUACUAAUUAUAUGGGACAUGCUCUAUUGACACGAAUCAUGCUCCCACUCCUAGAAAAGACAGCUAAAGAUGGAGACGAGGUAAAGAUUAUCAAUGUUUCAAGCUUUGCACACAAUUUUGCUCCUAGAGUGGGUAUUAAUUUUGAAGACGUCAACCUGACUAAAGGCAGUGUCUGGGAUAGAUAUGGUCAGUCAAAGCUUGCCAACAUCCUCCUCAACAACGAGUUGACAAAGCGAUAUCCCCAGAUAAAGUCAUACUCUCUUCACCCUGGUUUUGUUAGAACCGAUUUGUAUGACGGUAUGAACUCUACUUAUGGUAUUCUUGGUCGCAUCGCCAAUGCUGUUACUAAACCAUUCUAUAUUACACCAUACAAUGGUGCCAUCACUACACUUUACUGCUUCUCAGUUGAAGCCAACGACAAAGCUGGUGAGUACUUGGUACCAUAUGGUAAAGUCGGCUCCCUGACUAGAAAUGCAAAGAACCAAGAACUGAGCUCUAAAUUGUGGGACUGGACAACCAACGAGCUUACGAACAAGCACUAUAUUUGA